GAAUAUCACACCAUCCCCCACCAUCAUCAGGAUGAAGAAUUGAAAGGCAUAAAAGUUGAAGUUAAAGUAGAAGAGGAAGGGACAUUGAUAAAGGGAGAUCAGCAGUCUAUGGAGGAGGGAGGUCCUCUGUAUUCCCGGGAUUCCACACAGGAAGAUAACACCAUCCCUCACCGUCAUGAGGGUGAAGAACUGAAAGACAUCAAAGUUAAGAUUAAAGAGGAAGAAGAAGAAACGUUGGUGAGUGGAGAUCAUCAGUCUGUGGACACAAGUCAUAGUGCAGAAGAUGAUGACAUCACAAAAUCUUCUCCAGGAGGAAAUCCCGUUACUCUAAAUAUACAUCCCAGACCUUCCCAAUUGGGGGGAUCAAUGGAUCCCUCUAAUCCUGAGGAAUCUUCUGAUGGACUACAAACUGUUACCCCAGAUAUAAAUCUAAGAUCUCAGAGUAUAGAGAGAUCAACAGAUCCAUCUAAUCCCAUGGAAACUUUGCUUAGCAAUGAAGGAGAGCAAUCGUUUUCAUUGUGUGGGAAAUCAUUCAAUGAAAACAGGGAACUUCUUCUACACGAGAAACCCCAUCCCUAUUCAUGCUCCGAGUGCGGGAAAGGUUUCAUUCAGAAAGGAGACCUCCUGAAACACCAGAGAUGUCACUUGGGUGAGCGUCCCUUUUCAUGUUCAGAGUGCGGCAAAUGCUUCAGUCGGAAAUGGCACUUUCUAACGCACCAGAGACGUCACACGGGUGAGCGUCCUUUCUCAUGUUCAGAGUGUGGGAAAUGUUUCAUUGAGAAGGGAAAACUUCUUAUACACCAGAGAAGUCACACGGGUGAGCGUCCUUUUGCAUGUUCAGAGUGCGGGAAAUGUUUCAUUGAGAAAGGAAAACUUCUAAUACACCAGAGAAGUCACACGGGUGAGCGUCCCUAUGCAUGUUCAGAGUGCGGUAAAUCUUUCAUUCAGAAAGGAGACCUUCUUAAACACCAGAGAUGUCACACGGGUGAGCGUCCCUACCCGUGUAUAGAGUGCGGGAAAUGUUUCACUGAGAAGAAAAUACUUCUUGUACACCAGAGAAGUCACACAGGAGAACGACCUUAUUUGUGUCCAGAGUGUGGGAAACGUUUCAAUCAGAAAGCAAACCUACGUAAGCACCAGAGAAUUCACACAGGUGAGCGUCCUUAUUCAUGUUCAGAGUGCGGGAAAUGUUUUCCUGAGAAAUCAGGACUUCUUAUACAUCAGAAAACUCACACAGGCGAACGUCCCUAUUCAUGUUUAAAGUGCGGGAAAUUCUUUGUUCUCAAAAAUGUACUUGUUAGACACCAAAAGAUUCACACAGGUGAAAGUCCUUAUUCAUGUUCAGAGUGCGGGAAAGGUUUUAUCCUAAGAAGUAGACUUGUUAGUCACCAGAGAACUCACACAGGUGAACGUCCUUAUUCAUGUACAGAGUGCGGAAAAUGUUUCAUUGAGAAACAAGGCCUCCUGAAACAUCAGAGAAUACACACUGGUGAACGUCCCUUUUCCUGUUCAGAGUGUGGGAAAAGUUUUACUCAGAAAAAAGUAUUUCUUACACACCAGAAAAGUCAUACAGGCGAGCGCCCCUACUCAUGUUCAGAGUGCGGGAAAUGUUUCAUUCAGAAAGGACACUUUCUUACACAUCAGAAAAGUCACACAGGCGAUCGUCUUUAUUCAUGUGCAGAGUGCGGAAAAUCUUUCAUACAGAAAGGAAACCUUGUUAAACACCAGAGAAUUCACACAGGUGAGCGUCCUUAUUCGUGCUCAGAGUGCGGGAAAUGUUUCCUUUGGAAAAGUUCACUUGUUACACAUCAAAGGAUUCACACGGGCGAUCGUCCCUUUUCUUGUUCAGAGUGCAGGAAAUCUUUCCUUCAAAAAGGAGACCUUGUCAACCACCAAAGAAGUCACACCGGUGAGCGUCCUUUUUCGUGUUCAGAGUGCGGGAAAAGUUUUGGCUACAAAAAAUCACUUGUUGCACACCAGAAAACUCACACGGGCUAAUAAAAUUUAUUGCUGCUUCAGACUGUUUUUUUGGGGGGCGGGGCAAAUUUUUUUUAUUCUAUUUUAUUUUAUCCAGUUCGGUUCCAGAGCAUUUUUUUUUUAAAUGUGAAAAUCUUUAUUUUUGGCAAUAAAAUUACUUGGACUCCCAGAACAUUACAUAUCUUCUGAAAGCAGAGGCCCUGUAGAAUAAAAAAGUGAUAGUUGCAAAUUUUUGUUUUAAGUUGUAUUUGCUCAACUGUGUAUUAAACGCAUAUUUUCCAGAAAAAAAUAUCAUAAAAUAAAUUUUAGUGCAAAACCACGCCAUAUAUAAUACCCGUUUUGGGUACCACUCAACGACCAUCCGCCAUUGUAAUACUUUGGCACUUUGACGUGGAGCUGCCAUAACCCCCGGUGUUGGAAGGCAAUGUGGUUUAAUAUCAUUGUUCUGGUAUUUCACUCCCUGGAGGAUACAGGCAGGUGGCCCCCAAGUUGGAAUGUAGCCAGUUAAGCCUACAACUGUGUAGAACCAAGGGGCCUUGCUCCUGUCCGGCUAGGACGAUAAGAUAAAAAUCAGUUAUUGCCACUUUGCAAGCAAGCUUUAAAGAGAGCAAUGGCUGCCAGGAUGAUUGAUUGCAAAGAUCAAAAGAUCAACAAGCAUCUGGGAGAUGAUACAUGGACAAUGCUGCCCCUAGAGGCCAAUACAGCAAGACGGACAGUAAUAUAAUCAAUUGAGAAGGACUACCUCUUGGCAAUAUCUUAUUGGACAGGAGGCAAGUGGGGGUGGUUACGAUUGGGUGUGAAUGUAUGGGUAAAAAGGGCACAGAGAGGAGAAAAAGCUCUUCUUCUUUUGGAUCCUGGCUCUGGCCCUCUUUUGCCAUCUUGAGCCCAGCCGUUGAGACUAUGUCUAGAGCAGGGGUGUCAAACUCAAUUUAAUUGUGGGCCGCAUCAGCAUUAUGAUUGUCCUCCAAAGGGCCGGUUGUAUCUGUACAAUUAGAUGUCCCGCGCAUCUCCUCCCCUUACAUUAGAUGUCAAGAGCCACCCCACCAUCAGAAGUUGAGUCCCCCACUCUCCCUUACAUCACAGUG